AAUUAACCACCUCUCUCUUGUAAGAGAGGAAGAUUCCUUGAUUCAUUCAAACCUCAAGAUGGCAUCAUUUGCAGGCACGACACAGAAAUGUAAAGUAUGUGAAAAGAAAGUCUACUGGAUGGAACAACUCACUGCUGAUCAUAGAGUGUAUCAUAAAUCUUGCUUUAGAUGCCACCAUUGCAAGGGUAACCUCAAGCUGAGUAACUAUUGUUCCUUUGAGGGUGAUGUUUAUUGUAAGCCUCAUUUUGAUCAACUCUUUAAGAUGACUGGCUAUUUGGACAAAAGCUUUGAAGGUAUUGCAAGAAUUUAUAGAGUUGAGAGAUUUGGUGAUCAAGUUCAAGCCAAUAACAAGAUUUCAAGAUAUUUUGCUGGAACUCAAGAAAAAUGUGUUGGUUGCCACAAAACAGUGUACCCAAUUGAAAAGGUGAAUGUUGAUGGGAAAUCAUACCAUAAGGGUUGCUUCAGGUGCACACAUGGAGGUUGUUUGAUGAGUCUAUCAAAUUAUGUGGCUCAUGAGAAUCUUUUUUAUUGUAGACACCAUCAUACUCAGCUAUUCAAAGAGAAGGGCAAUUUCAGCCAAUUUGACAAGAUUGAACGAGUUCUUAGGGUUCAGAAUACCAUCAUUUGAGUGAUUGUAUUAGUAGUGAUAAAACUCUGCAUGAUUCUUUUUUAGCAUUAAAUUGCACUUUACAAUAAUACAUGCUUCUUCUACUUGUUUGAUUAUCUGAGUUAUAAUUAUUGUGAGUGAAGUUUGUAGAGAACUUUACCUUUGUGGCAGAAA